AUGUAUGGUGUAUUUACAUACUAUACACCCUUAAACUAGAUGAUAAAUCUAGCCUAAACCUUUGAUAUGGCAUAAUAAUAAGUCCAUCUAUUUUCAGCCUUCUUUGAAUAGUAUACAUUAAUUGCAUACUAAACCAUAGAUGCUGAUGUAGAUAAAAUUUAUCAUGUGAUAAAAAUAUUGUCGACAUUUACUGGUACAAUGACAGUAUACGAAUUUGAAUAAGAUUAUUUAUAAUAUGAAGGAUUAGAAGUAGGAACAAUAUUUACUUAUUCUGAAGAACUAUUAUAACUUAAACUAAAGGUUUACACUUUAGAUAAAAUGAAUACAGUUUAGAUUGACAAUAUUUUUUUAUAAAAAUCUAACGUCAAAUUUAUAUUUGGUGGAAGAAAAAAUGAAUUAGAUUUAAUGGGAUUUCAAGGAAUAAUGUUUUUGGUUCUCAAUGAGACUUAUUUAACAGGAAUAGAUUAUCUAUAUUCAAGAAAGUGUUAUGAAUCACGGAAAGAUUUAUCAAUACAAUAUUAGGAUUAUGUAUCUACUAACUUGAAUACCUUUAACAUUCCUGUUGUGAUAUAUAAGGAAUAUUAAAUAUAAUUUUGGAAUAAAUUAGAAACUUAAAUAAAUCCUGACAACUUGAUUUAAGUGUUAGUUAUUGAUACAUAAAAUGAAAUUGACCAAUAAUUCUCUUUGGGAAGGAAUACUAUGUAGAUAUAUUAUCACUUUUAAAGUGAUUCAGAUCUCUUGAUCUAUUGUAAAUAUUAUUCCUAUAAAAUUCCAUAUAACUAUUAUAAUGUCGACUACAUAUAAUCAUUAAUUUAAUAAGCAGAAAUAACUCACGUUGAUCCAACUUUUAUCUAUAGUUGGCAUUUUAUUAGAAUAUAAUAUUAGAAGGAAAUGCUUAGCUUAGAAAUUUAUUUUCCAGUUUUAAAUAAGAACGUAAUUAUUGAAAUACAAGAAGUCAGAUAAUUUUCAUAAACUAUGGGUUAAAUAACUAUAAAUGCAAAAUCAGAUUCAAACUUAGAAAUCAAAGGUUAAAUUGCAUCCUUAAUUUUCAAUUCUUGUUUGUAAGAUUUUAACAUUUUCAAACCUUGUCAUUUCUCAUGCUUUACAUGCAAUGGUCCAUUUUACAAUAAUUGCCUUUCGUGUGAUGAAAAUUCAAAUCGAGUAUACGAUGAAAAUGAAUUAACUUGUCUUUGUAAGCCUUGGACUUAGGAAUAAAACUUAACUUAAUGUUAUGAUUUGCUCUAGGAUCCUUAGGUUUAGGUUAUAUAUAAGUAAACUUCAGAAAUCUAAGGUUACGAUAGAAUAGAUCCAUAAGUCAUUUGUGCUUUCGGAUACUUUUUGUAUGACGGAGAAUGCAUUAGAUGUCCAUCUUAGUCGUAAAGUGGCUAUAUUAUAUGUAUUGAAUGCUUAUUGAAUUGGAAAACUUGGAUAUAUAAUAGUACAUGCAUUCAAUAUGAGAUUAUUAAUAAGGAAUGGGCAGAUAUUCAAAUAUAAGCAAAUUUAGAUAUACUUGAUUUAAUCCAAAAUAAUUUAUAUACUUAUGGUGAUGGAGAAUUACAAGUAUGUUAUUACUGUUCUGCCUUUUGUGAUCCUCAAAUAAAUCUUGAAAAUUGUCAUAAACUUAACGUAAAUCACUUAGGGUCAUAAGCCUAUGUGUAUUGUCUAUAUGGGUAUGAUGAAGUAAAUCAAAUUUGUUAACCAAGAAAAGUGAUUGAAAUCUAAUAGCAAAACAAUUGUGGCUCUAAAUGUUUACUCUGUGAUGAAAAUAUCAAAUUGUGUGUUUAAUGUGUAAAUAAGAAAGAUAUCUUAUUAUUAAAUAGAUAAAGUUGUUAAGAAUGUACAAUCCCUAAUUGCAAGUACUGCUUCUAAUAUCUGAAUGCAGAUGAAAUAAUAAUAUCCUCUUUAGUUAGCCAAGCUUUCUAUAGCAAUUAAAUUUCAUCUCCUUUAGAAAUCCUUAAUGAAGAUUUCUUAAUAGGAUGCGCUUUAUGUGAGGAAAACUUCAUCUUUAAUUUUUAAUCAAUGAAAUGCGAAUUAAAACAAAGUACUUAAGAUUAGUGUUCAGAUUACUUUUUAAAUGAUAAAGGUAAUAGAAUUUGUUUAACAACAUUAACUAAAGAUUUCACUUAAGGGUAUGAGUUAGCUGAUUGCACAGAUUAUAUUAAAUCAUGUAUCAAAUGCGUUUAAUCAAUUAGAAAAAAACUUUUUUGUACUUAGUGCUAAAAGGGAUAUUAUAUUAACAAUUUUGGUUAAUGUAACUAAUGUAAUGAGUAAUUUACUGAAUGCGUUCCUGAUUAUAUAAUUUCUAAUGACAACUAUAUAACUAAAAUUUAGCCAUUUAUUUAAGCCAUAUCUAAAAGGUUGGAAUUGGCCUUUAAUUACUUUUAAUAUUCAGAAAUAUAUGGUAUUUGCGAAGGUAGUAUUGGGUUUACUAAAUAUUGUUCUAUUGAAAUCAAGAUCCCUUAUUGUAAGCAGUAUUAUAUAGGUUAGUGCUCAGAGUGCUAAUCAUAUGAAAACUCAAAUACAAUCGUUCUAUAUAAUGGCAACUGUUACAAAUGUCCUUAUUAAUGCUCAUAUUGUUACCCUCAAUAAUCAUCUUCAAAUGACUUGUUUUGUAUCAAGACUAAUUUGGAAUAGGUUUCUAUUGAUUAAUCUACUGGUAGGCCAACACCAAAAUUAUAAAACUAUUUGAAAUAAGAUCAGCAACUUAUUUACAAUUUCAUUAACUAUUUAACCCUUGCAACAAUCUAAAGCGACCUUAUUUUCUCAAAAGUGACUAUAAAUUUUGAUGUUUAUGUGGAAUAUUUUGAUAGUUUUCUUAUUGAGAUACCAAUUAAAAAUAGAAUUUAUAGUCAAUCAUAUAUUAGUUAAAUGAUAAUUAAUUCAAAAUUAAAAGUAGAAAUGGUUUGUCCUUACAAAUUAGAUAUUUACUACUUUGAUGAAAUAAUAAUCUAAGAUUUUUAGAUAUCAAUCAAUCAACAAUUUUGUGAGAAUAUUAUCUUAGUUAAUUCAAUUAAUGGAUGUUAACUAAUAAUUAAAAAUAUCACAAUGACCUAAUAGUUAUAAGAGAAUAUAGUUAAAUAGUUAUUCAUCUGGAAAGAAAUUGAUUAUCUUGAAUUUAACACUAUAACAUUGGAUUCCAUUUAAAUAUCACAAUUCCCAUUAUUUUACAUUAAAUAGAAUAAAACACAAAAAGGCAUAAGUGUAAAGUUUGAAAAUGUAGUAUUUAAAAAUUGUUACUUCUAUAACACAAGCAUAAUAUAAGUAGACCUUGUAAAUCCAAUUAUCGACACUAAUUAUAUUUAGUUUAAUAAUCUAACCAUUAUAAACUGUACAUUGAAAUUCUCUGAUAUGAUUUAAAUUGUAGGAGAAUAGAAUAAAUUAAUAUUCUAAUACAUUGAAUUAUCUAAAAUCUCAAUAUUAGGCUGCAACUUUGAGAACUUUUAAUUGAUUAAAAAUUAUCUAGCUAACGAUUAGAUUAUUACAGAUAUAACAAUUUUAGAUACAAAUUUCAUCAAAACAAAUAUAUUUCUGGUACACAGUCCUGCUCAUUUCGAAAACAUCGAAAUAUCCUAAACAUAAUUUAUAAACUCUAGUUUAAUCUCAACUUAAGCUAAUACCAAAUUGAAUUCCUAUUCCUUAAUUUUUUACAUUUCACAACUAUAACUGAACUAAAUAACAUCCGAUAGUAGUAUAAUUACAAUUGAGCAUGAUUACUAUUUUAAUGUGCAAUUAUCAAAUAUAAGAAUUGCUAAACUGAAUUAGAUUAGUGAUUUGAAUUAGAAUAAUUUUCUAUUUAUUAUUUAAGGAAAGUUUGUAUUAUUUUAAGAUUAUGUUUGCUCAUUAAUUGCAUAAUCCAGUUUUCAGAUAAAUAUAAUCAACUCAAAGUACAUCAAAGUUAGGAAUGUUAUUAUUUUUGGGUAGGAAUCUAUUUCUAGGAUUAGUCAUGAAAAAGAGCUGGACAUUGACCUUGAACCAUCUUUGUAGAAUUUAAUAUACAUCCACAAUUCAACUGCUAUUUCAUUACAUAAUUUUGAUAUCAGUAAUUUGAAAAUAUAGAAUACUAAUUUGAUUAAAAUUUAGGAUGAUUCAAAUUUUAUGGAAAUAUAAAUAACUGAUUUUACUAUCUAAAAUAUCAUAUUGGUUUAAGAAUUAGGAAUCUAUGAAACAUCUUUAUUUAAAGUUUAAUUGAACAAGGCUUCAAAAAUACUGUUUAAUAAUUUUCAUUUUUUAUAUAUUUUUGGAAACAGCUAUGAAAAAAUUAUCAAAACUUCUGAAUAAUUAUCCCUCAUCUCUUUUCUAUCAUUUUAGAGUGAAAUUUAACUCUCAAAUUUUCUAUUCUAAAAUAAUAUCAUCACUAACACAUCUACUGCCCUAAUUUAUUUAGAGUCAAAAAUGAUUUUAAUUUUCAAUUUUACAAGUUAGUUUACUAACAUACAUGCUGAUUGGUUAUACUAGUACAUAAAUAUGAUUUAUUCAAGUUCUUCAAUAAAAGUUUUAGAGUAAUUGUUUCCUAUUGAAUCAGAAGGUAGCAUUUUUAAUAUUUAAUCUCAAUACCUCACUCUUAAUAACAUUUCCUCAUAGUCUUCGAAAGCUAUUUAAGGAGGCUUUUGUAAGAUAGAAUUGGUUUUAGAUAGUGAAUUUAAUAUAACAAAUGCAUCUAUAUCAGAUAGUAUGGCUAUAGGAGGAAAGGAGAGUAGGGGGGGAUCAUUUUAUGUUACGGCAAAGGAUUCAAAUUUAAUUCUGAACUUUAUAGAUAUUUAAGUCAACACAUCAUACAGUCUUUAUGAUGGUGGAUUUUUGUAUUUAAUCCCUUCGAACACUUACAAUCGAAUAGAACUUAGGAAUGUUAUUGCCCUUAAUGUUAUAUCACUGUUCAAGGGUUUCUUUGGUAUUGAAUUUUCUUUAUAAACUCAAUUUAACUUUGUGUAUUUAAGUAACAUAUUAGUUAAUGUGACUUUUGAUGGAUUUUACGAUAAUACAAAUGAAUUCCAAGAAUUAAGUGAGAAUGAAAUCUCCUAUAUUAAUAACGAUAAUGGAUAUUUUUAUUUGGAUUACUGCAACCUAACGAUUAGUAAUAUCUACAUGUAUUUUGAUAUUAUUAAUCAACCAGCCUUCUCUCUAAGAAAAAUGGAAAAUUUGAAACUCUUCAAAUUAUAUAUAGAAGUAGGAGAACUAUUGACAAGCUCAUUGAUUUUAUAUGAAUCUUACCAAAAUAACAUAUUGAAACUUUUAAAUAUUGCUCAUUUAAGAUUAAGAUAGAGCAAAUUUAGAGUACCUUCAAUUUAUAAAAACCCAUGCUUCUAGGAAUUUAAAGAGGAGAUGCUUUUCAUAGAUAUACAAUAGUCUAAUUCAUUUUAAAUGAAGCAAAAGAACUGCCUAAUAACAUAAAUACUUCUUUCAAGCUUAACUCCAGAUCAAUUAAUAUCAAUUAAAUUCUUAGAUGAAUAUUAGAAAUUCUAAAUUCAAGAUGCAAUGAUAAGUUAAUUUAAAGAGAUGUCAUUUAACUUGGGUCUAUUCAAUAUUCAUUAUGAGAAGUAUUUCAAAUCUAGAUUGGAAUAAUUCCUUUUUCUAAAUAACAGUUGUAUUUCAAAUAAUAAACUCAAUAUCAGUUCAAAAUAAUUGGGAGGAGAAUAAUUGGUUCUUUUAAAAAAACAUUUCUAUUAUAACAAUUCAAAUUCUUAGAAUGGAUAGAUAUCAAUAUCAAAUCUCAACUAUCAAAUACAGUAAUCCUUAUUCAUUCAUAAUACUGCACUACAAAAGGGUGGAGCCAUUUACAUUUAGAACUCUCCAUUUUAUAUCGUAAGCUCAGUGGUAUCUGAAAAUCGGGCAUAUCAAGGAGGCGGAAUAUUUAAUGACAAAAUUUUAAAAUAGGAUCUUACCCACUCUUUAGAGACAACUUUAUUCUUUAAUAACAAAGCCACUUACAAGACAAACACUUAUGGACAAGAAUACUUUUAGUUGAAAAUGGAUACCAAUCAAAAAAUUAACUAAUUAUUUAACAAAUCAUAUUCAAACAAUUAGAUUGCUAGAAGUGGAAAUGCGUUGCUUCACCUGCCUAGUGGCUAAUCAUUAUAAUCUUAUAGAGAAUUCGACAUAUAGACUCUAACAUUUAGUAAUAAUUCAAUAAAUCUAAAAUUCAAAGUUCAAAAUUACUUUUAAGAAGAUUAGACAUUAACAGAUUUAAACGUUGUAUGUGAUGUUCAAUAAGAUUUGUUAGAUGAAAACUUCAAACUUAUCAAAAGUAAUUUUUCCUUAACUGAGAUAAAAUUUAAUAGUGAAUAAAACUACCUUAAUCUUGAAGAGAUUGUUUUUAUUUUAAAUCCUUAUAAGAAUAAUUACUUGUAUGUAGGGAUUAAUUGUGAUGCAAUUGAAAAUGUAGGUUAUAAAUAUACCUUUUAUGUUAAAACAAUUAAAUGUUAAAUGGGCGAAUAUUUCUCAGAAGAUUAAUGUCUAGCUUGCAAUUCAUCAAAAGGUUAUUACAGUGUUGAUCCUCUAAUUGGCUAUUGUGAAAAAUCCAAUCCUUAUUAUAUAAGAAAUCACACUGAAAAUCUGCUAGACUUAUACCAAGGUAUAUGGAGAUAUACUUUACAUUCUUCAACAUUAGAGCAAUGUUUCAAUUAACCAAAAAAUUGUCUUGGAGGGUGGAAAUUUGGAGAUGAGACUUGCUUAGAAGGCACGCUAGGAGCACUUUGCUAAGAAUGUGAUGUAUACAAUAUCAGAGGAUUUGGAAAGUACUCAAAAACAAGAGAUUAUACUUGCUUGCUUUGUGGCAAUUAGGGUGUAGUAUUAUUAGAAUUCUUCUUUGUCUUUAUUUGGGUGUUGAUUUAGAUUGCUUUAACUGUCAAAAGUACCUAAUUAUAGAAUUAAAAAUUCUUAUAUUGCAAAGCUUAAACUAAAAUGUAUGAUAUAAUUGUGCGAUUAUCUUAAGGUAUUAAUGUUUUAAUUUUAGAUCAAUCCGGUACUGUAAUUAAAUUGAUUAGUAAUUACUUUUAGAUUGUGUUAGUAGUAUAUACAUUCUAAUUGAAUUUUAUUUCUAAUAUUGAAGAUGUGUUUAAAUUCGUUGGAAACUCAACGUACUCUACUACCAAUAAUUUUGAUUGCUAUCUUUCAAAUCUGAAUAUCGAAUACAUUUAUGUCAAUCUCUCCUUUAUUGUUAUUAUCCAAUUAAUUCAAUAUAUAAUGUUUGUUUCACUUUCAUUUAUACUAGAAAAAUUGCAACUGAAUACCUUCACUCUGGAAACACUAUAUUCAUCCUUUUUCUAUUUAUAUUUAUCAGGCUUUUUAAAUUUAAUCAAAGCACUAUCCUCUUUAUUAACUCCAAAGAUGUAUGGGGAUCAGUAAUGGAUCAGUGCAAAUGUAUCGUAUUAAUAUUGGACACCUGUUCAUUAGAAGGCAGUUUACAUUCUUAUAUUACCUUUAUUGAUAUUCGCUGGGUUCAUACUUCCUUUAAUUUUAUUUGUAACUCUCAAUCAAAAUAAGAAGAAUUUUAAUAAUUAUUCCAUUAAAUAAAAGUUUGGUUAUCUAUUUAAUGAAUAUUCAAGAAAAUUUUAUUUUUGGGAGUUAAUAAGAGUAAGCCAAAGGCUAUUACUUACUUUGAUUAUUGUAUUGUUAUAAGAUUUUAUUAUAACCAAAGGGAUCUUAUUAAUUGGUUUACUUUUUACUUACUACCUUAUGUUUAACAUUAGUAAACCAUUUAAUGUGGGAAAGUUAAAUAAAUUUGAGAAGGAAUGUCUAAUUCUAUGCAUAAUCUCAUUACUAUUAUGUCUAGUGUAAUUUUCGAUUUAUGAUAACUAAACAGUAUUAAAUUAUAUCCUCCAAGUUCUAAUAUUAAUAUCAUUAUUGUAUUUAUUCUAUCAAUGUGCAAUGAAAUUUAUCUCUGUGCACAUAUCAAAAUAUGAAGCGUUUUUCGAUAUGAUAAGGAUGAUAAUCAAGAAACAUAUAAAAAUUGAAUACAUGUUAAAAUCUAAAUAUUUAGAGUUGAGUACUGAAAGAAGGGAUAGAAUAAGGCAAUUGUUUAUGAAGUUAAAAGCUUCAACAAAUAAAAAGCAAACACAACCUCCUUUGUUUACACAUCUAGUUUCAGAGCAAAGAAUUACUUAUGCUUCAGUAGACAAUGAGGGAAGUCAAAAAACAAGAUUAAUUUGA